AUGGAGUACCAUCGGCUACUGACUAUUUCCCUUCUGAUCCUUGCCGCCGCCGUUUUUUGCCAAGGCAAUCUUGAUUGCUUGGACGACCAUCCGGCCAAAGUCGGCGAAUGGGUUGGUAAAGGCUCGAAGAGUGGCAGGUCAACUGUGAGUACGGACAUUGAUACAGAAGCGGUAGCAUCUUCUUCCGCAAAAAGUUCAGCGUCGAGCGGGGUGAAAUCAUCUGGAAAGCGUGUGGCCGGUGCUAGCAGUUCGGCAUCGAGUGUUGCAAAGGCAGUCGGGAAACAUGUAGCUGCCGCGAAAAGUUCGGCUUCCAGUGCCGCAGUUAGCAUGAGCAAGGGUGCGAUGGCUAAGGCCUCGGCCUCGGCACGAAGCGGUGCAAGCGCGAUAAGCAGUCGCAAGGGUCUAUUGAAAAAGAAAGGAGCGAAGGAGGACUGCGCGGAGGGCGACGAGGAGAAAAAAACGAAAACGGAUGACGAGUCCGAAGACGACGACGCUCCAAAAGGUUCGUCACUCGGCGGCUCCGAAGCCAAAAGUGAGAUCGCAGCUUCCUCGAAAAGCUCGGCUUCCAGUUCCGCGGGCAGCAUGAGCCAGGGCUCGUCGAAAAAGAAAGGAGCGGAGGACGACGACGACGACGACGACGAGGAGAAGAAGACGAAAACGGAUGACGAGUCCGAAGACGACGACGCUCCAAAAGGUUCGUCACCGAGCGGCUCCGAAGCCAAAAGCGAGAGCGCAGCUUCCUCGAAAAGCUCGGCUUCCAGUUCCGCGGGCAGCGCGAGCCAGGGCUCGUCGAAAAAGAAGGGAGUAGACGACGACGACGACGACGACGACGACGACGACGAGGAGGAGAAGACGAAAACGGAUGACGAGUCCGAAGACGACGACGCUCCAAAGGGUUCGUCACUCGGCGGCUCCGAAGCCAAAAGUGAGAGCGCAGCUUCCUCGAGAAGCUCGGCUUCCAGUUCCGCGGGCAGCGCGAGCCAGGGCUCGUCGAAAACGGAGAAGGAACCUGAAGAAAAAACAGACGAUUCGGAGGACGGUCCGACAGAAAGUGAGGACGGGGAAACGGACAAGGAUGGGGAAGAGUCCGAUAAGAAGGAUGCCGAAGACGAGGCGGCCGAACCGGAUGAGGAACCAAAGGAUGACGACGCACCGACCGACUCGGAUAAGACCGAUGACAGCCCGGAUGGCGACGACGAUGCUAACGACGCGGACGACUCGGACUGCGAAAAACCGUGCAAAAUGUGUAUGACCAAGAAAAAAAGUAAGAAAGGCGAAAAAGUGAAGAAACCUCGAAAGGGUGGUGAGGAAAAGGAGGAAGAAAGCCCGGAUUCGGAUAAGGAUGACGGGGACAAGGAAGACAAGGACGGGGACGACGGUGACGAGGAUAAAGCAAGCCCGGAUUCCGACAAGGACGAAGAGGACGGCGACAAGAAAGGAAAAACUACCAAACCCGGUAAAGGCUCCUCCAAAAGAUCCAAAUCGAAAAAAGAUAAAUCAAAAUCUUGUGGGGAAGCAGGGCCGUGCUCGAUUUUGAAAACAAUUUCCAAGAAAGCACAUGCCUUGAAAGGACGUGGAAAGUCAUCGUAAUAGGGACUUUGAUUUAUAAUUUAAAUAA